ACAGCAGCAGCAGGAGGGGGAGAAGGAGGAGGAAGAGGAGGGACAGCAGCAGGAGCAGCAGCAGGAGGGGGAGAAGGAGGAGAAAGCAGAGCAACAGCAGCAUCAGCAUGUAGAUAAGACUAGUUCGUUUAGCUCAGCCGCUGCUGCUGCCCCUGAUCCUUCUGCUUCUGCAGCUUCAGGUGACAAGAACGGCACGAGUGGGAUAAAUGGAGGCAAGGCGAGGUUGAGUGGAAACGAGAGGGUGAGUGGAAGAGAGAAGAUGAGUGGAAACGAGGAGUCAAGUGGAAAGGAAGGACGAGGUGAGAGAAGUGAGAGUGAAGCUCAAAAGCAGAAAGCCGGGGGGGAGAAUUCCGAGGCAGGAGACGAGGUGGGGGAGUGGGGGAACGGAAAAGGGAGCGGGCGAGGUACGGCUGGUGUGUGCAUGUCUGUGAGGGAUACAGGACAGGCGGCGACCCACAAAGCACAUGAGUCUGGGGAGGAUACCGGACAGGGGAGGCAUGAGAGGCACGAAGGCCUUGCCCAGCCGCAGCAAGAGCGACUCGCACCACAAGAGCAGGAGCAUGCGCAGCAGCAGCAGCAGCAGCAGCAUCAGCAAGAACAGCAGCAGCAGGAUGUGAAGGAGCAGGAGCAAAAAUUGCCAAUGCUGGAUGAGCCUGUAGCAGUGGUGGGGACACACGAGUCGGCUGACAGAAGCAGCCUUGCACCACGUGCUGCUGCUGCUGCUGCUGCUGCUGCUGCUGCUGCUGAUUGUGGCACCAACGUUGACGCUAGGGACGGUGUGAAGGACGGUGUGAAGGAGUUGAGAGUGGUUGAGGGGUUGGGCGGUGCCGGGACGGGAGAGGAGGAAACUGUUGGUGGUGCCGCUGCUGCUAAUGGUGGCGAGUGUAUGGGUGAGGGAAGGAGAAGUGAGGGAAGAGGAGAGGGAAUAAGUGAGGGCGGAGGAGAGGGAGGAGGUGAGGGAGGAGACGGAGGAAGAGGGGGAGGAGGUGAAGGAGGAGAGCGAGGAACAGAUGGAGGAGAGGGAGGAGAGGGAGGAGAGCGAGGAGAGCGAGGAAGAGUGGGAGGAGAGGAAGGAGGAGCGGGAAGAGGGGAGGGAAGUGGAAAGAGAGGGGGAGAAGGAAGUGGAAAGGGAGGGGGAGAGGGAAGGAGACGGGUAGGGAGUGGAGGCGAGGGAGAAAAGGGAGGCAGCAAUCUAAACAGCAGCAGUAAUGAAGGGAGUAGAAUGCAUAGGAAUGCAGAGAGUGUGGGCGAGGUGAAGAAAUCUUGUGAUUCGACUGCUGUGCUUGCUGCUGUGACAGGUAUUGUUGCUGGUGCUGCCAGUGGUGCUUACGACACUGGUGGCAAUGCCGUUGCUGCUGCAAAGGUCUCUCACCGUGUUCCUAACCCUCACCAUGCCGCCUCUGCCUCUCGUCCCACCUCUGCGGCCUCUCCUGUUCGUCCUGAUGCAGCAUGGGGAACGGAAAGGGGGGGUUUGGGAGAGGAGAAACGAUCUGGAGUUGUGAUGGACAGGCGGAGAAGCGAAGGCGGGGGGCAUGGGGAGUGGCAGAGAGGACUGGAGGGGAAGAAGGAACGGGACGAGGAGACUAAAAGGGAGGUGGGGAGGGAAGGUGGGGUGGUGAGGGAGGGGAGGGUGGAAAAGGGGGGGAGGGUGGAUGGGAGUGUUGAAUUGGAGGAAGAGUGGGGAUUGAGAAGAGGAAGGGACGAGAAGCGUGCUAAGGGUUCGGGUGAGGCUAAGAGAGACAGGGAUGGGGGAAGAGAAUGGGAAGGGGGGAUGAGAGAAGGGAAGGCAGGGGAAAGGAGAGCGGAAGGGAAGGGGGAAGGGAGAGGAGAAAAGCGGGGGGAAAAGCGUGGGAGGUUUGGGGGGAUUGUGCUGGGAAGGGUGGGGUCACGAGAGGGAGGUUUGGAAGAGGAGGAAAAGAAGAGUAUGCAGGAGAAUGUGAGGAGGGAGAGUGAAGUUGGUCGGGAGCGAGGCGAUGGUGACGGGAAGCAAAAGAGAAUCAAAGAGUCACCUGGCGAGUCUGCUUUUGAUGGUGGUGGUAGGGGUGGUGGUGGUGCUGCUGCUGCUGCUGUUGGUGAUGGCUUUGCUGGUAAUGAUGGUAGUAAGAAGGGAAAGCUAGUGGAGGUUAAGGGGAGGGCAGAGGAGAGGGGAGAUGGGUUUGGAGUAGCAAGAGGUAUGGAACGAGAUGUGGCAAGCACAGGUAGGGGAGGAGGCGUGGGAGAGGGAGGGGAAGCGAGAAGAGGUGGAAGAGGAGAGGUGGAAAGAGGAGAGGGAGUUAGGAGAGAGGGGGAACGAGGAGAGAGAGGAAGGAGGGAGGGGGAAAGAAAAGAGGGAGGUAAAAGAGAGGGGGAAAGAGCAGCGGGGGGUAGAAGAGAGGGGGAAAGAGGAGAGGGAGGUAGAAGAGAGGGGGAAAGAGGAGAGGGAGGAAGGAGGGAGGGGGAAAGAGGAGAGGGAGGUAGAAGAGAGGGGGAAAGAGGAGAAGAAGGAAGGAGGGAGGGCGAAAGAAGAGAGGGAGGAAGGAGGGGGGAGGAAAGAGGAGAGGUAGGAAGGAGGGAGGGGGAAAGAGGAGAGGGAGGAAGAAGAGAGGGGGAAAGAGGAGUGGUAGGAACGAAAGUGGGGAGAAAGGGAGAGGGAGGAAGGAGAGAGGGGGAGAGAGGAGAGGGAGCAAGGAGAGAGGGGGAGAGAGGAGAGGGAGGAAGGAGAGAGGGGGAGAGAGGAGAGGGAGGAAGGAGAGAUGGGGAAAGAGGAGAUGGAGGAAGGAGAGAGGGAGGAAGAAGAGAGGGGGAGAGAGGAGAGGGAGCAAGAAGGGAGGGGGAAACAAGAGAGGGAGGAAAAAGAGAAGGGGAAAGAGGAGGGGUGUGGAAAGGACGAGGAGAGGUAGGAAAAGGAGAUGGGGGAAAAGCAGAGGAUGCAAUGGGCGAGGGAGGAAAGGAAGGGGGCGAGGGAGGAAGGGAAGGGGGAGAGGGAGGAAGGGAAGGAGGAGAGGAAGGAAGGGGAGAUUUAGAGGGAGGAAUGGUAGGGGCAGGUGCAGUGGGGAAGAGGAGCAGAAGCAGGAGCAGGCAUGAGUUACACGUUGGGGUAAGGGAGGGUGGAUCACCGGGGACUCUAUUUCGACUUGAAGUGCCUCGCAGGAAGAGGAGGAGGACGGUUCGGAACGGUUGCAGCAGCGGCAGCAGAGGUGCUGAGGAGGGAGGGCUGGUGGGCGGAGGGGAGGGUAGGGGCGGAGAGGAGGGAGGCAGUAGCAGCAGGGAUGGAGAGGUGGAUGGUUGGAGGAGUGGGGGGUUGAGAGGCGUGGAGGAGAGGAGGAUGAGAGUGGGGGUGGAUGUUAAGUUGGAGAUAGAGGGAGGGGUGACGGUGGAAGGGAGUGUGAGUGUGGAGGGUAUGGGGGAGAAGGUGGUUGGUAGUGUGGCUGUUCUGGGUUCUGGUGCUUCUGCUGGUGCUGCUGGUGCUGCUGUGAGGUCAAGUUUCUACUCUCGAGAAACUGAGGAGGAGAGCGAGGAGGAGGUGGAGGAGGAGGUGGAGGAGGAAGAGGAGGAGAGUGAGGGGGUUCAGGGGGCUGGGAGCAGGGUAGACGACAGGCAUUUGCCGUUGCGUGCGUAUGGCGAUGGCGCAAACGACAGCGAUGGAGGGAGGGGUGAGGACAAGGACGAGAAAGAGGAAAAGGAGGAAGAAGAAGAGGAAGAGGAGGAAGAGGAAGAGGAUGCGGAUGCGGGCAGUGAUGAUUGGUUCAGCCCCAGUGAGGAGCCGACAGGGCGCAUGGAUAGAGGCAUGGGGAGGGGGGGCUCGGGCAGGGGACGAGGCAGGGGGAGGAAGGACAGGCGCGGAGGAGGGAGCGGUGGGAGGGGGUCCAGAGGGAUGUCUGGUGGUGGGGAUGGUAUUGGGAAGGUUAGCGGAGAGGAUGGGAGUGUAGCAUGGGGGAAAGUAGGUGGUGGUGGUGUAGGUAGAAGUGGGGGAGGUGGUGGGAGGAGAGUAGGUGUGGGGGAGAGUGGGGUAGUGGUGGGAGGUGGGAGGGAGAUGGUGGUUUGGGCGCGAGGGAGGCGGACAGUGGUUGUGAACAGGGUAAAGGGACGUCUGGGUGAGGAGAGGGAAGCCGAGGGGCGAGGAAAGGAGGGGAGAGGGGGGCGGGAAGGGGAAGGGGAGGUGGAAGCGGAGGUUGAAGGUGGGAGGAAGGGCGAGGAGGAAUGGGGAGGGGGGUUGCAGAGGGUGGAGAUGGGUGUGGAGGGGUGGGGCGGGAGGCAGCAGCAGGAGGGGGCCGGUGUGCAUGGAGUGACUAGGGUGAGAUCAGGUGGGGUGAAGAGCAGCAAGUGGGGUCGCAAGUAG